AUGUACCCCCAGAUCGCGAAGACUGCUGCUUCGGAAAUGCACCGUCGUGUACACAGGAACCAGAUUCCACCUGGAUGUUUUCGAGCAGCAAAUUGUCGUUAUCAGCGGCGUACGAAGUGGGUAGAGCUCUUCGAGAAAAGGGAUUCUAUCUACAACGCCUGGAAAUGUGCGCGUAAUAUCACUUGCAAGUUCCUUUUCAUCGACCGUGCUACAUCACUGACUACAGUGGCGGGGACACAGGAGGAUGCUUCAACAAACGGUCCGAGUCUAGGUGAAGAACGGCGUUGUCCGCGUCAGGAAGUACAUCCCCGAGAAGCCCGUAUCACGCUCAAGAAUCUGAUGUUAUCACCGACCAGCCCAGAAGCAGCCCUUGAGCGGUCAGCAAGCAUUAUUCUGGAGGUCGCGUAUGGUCGGCAGGCGCGCUUGACGACUAGGUCCGCACCACCGAGGAUGUGA